ACUUUCCAUAAGCGCGCAAUGGGAUGAAUUGCGCCUUGCGGCGAUCUCAUGGCUGUGAACUCCGCAGCCUCUACUUGAGUGUCACCAUCCGCUGCGCGACCGACCUUUUCUCCUCAUCCUUCAUUAUUGGCCAUGUCGCUGAGGCAGAGGGUCGAUAAUCUCCUCGCCGUGGGAGGCGAUGUUGCCAUUCCAGUUCUCACCGCCGUCAACACCGCAUCGGGCGUGUUCCCUCCCCUACAGGCUGCCACCAAUGCCGCACUGCUCAUCCUCACUGAAAUCAAAAAAUUCAAGGGAAAUAAGGGAGAAUUGGAGCGUUUUGGAAAAUAUAUCGGAGACACCAUGGUCAAUGUGGUUACAGCCAUUGGUUCGUAUGGUGAAUCUAAUGAAAAACCCAAGUCGUGGGUUGAAAGUGUCAAGAAGCUGGGCGAGGCGCUGGAGCGCAUUCAAAUUGAAAUCCGUCGAUUGAGUGGGAAGAUGGAAAGACAGUCUGGUAUCCGCAACUUCUUCUCCCAUAUGAAGAACCCUAGCAGGCUCGAUGAUUUAAAGAAAGAUUUUGGCGAAGCCUUGGCAAUGUUCCAGCUGGAGACAGACUUGAUGGUUGGUGCGAUAGCAAACAAUCAAGUUCUGAAUGAACUUAAAUAUCCUAUUGUCCCCCAUCACGAUUCAACACAGCCGUGCCUGCCAGACACUAGGAUUGAUCUGAUCGAGCGUAUAAUGGCGUGGUGUCGUACCACGGAGGAUGGCAAGAAUCGCGUAUUACUGCUUACUGCCGUGGCUGGUGCGGGCAAGACAUCUGUUGCGCUCUCAAUCGCAGAGGAGUGUAAAAGAGCAAAGAUAUCAUCGUCAAGCUUCUUUUUCAAAGCAGGCGAGCAGUCGCAGCCGGACCAUCUGUUCAGCGGCAUGGCUCGAUCUCUGGCAACCAGUGACCCCGCAUACCGUGCCUCCCUCAUAUCGGCUCUUCAAGAGGACCCAGCCCUCUCGACUGCCCCAUUCGCGACGCAAUUCGAGAAACUAGUGGCUGAACCUCUCCGUCUCAGGACAUCCUUGUCUGACCGUCCUAUGGUGAUUAUCAUUGAUGCGUUAGAUGAGUGCGAUACAAAGUCAUUCCCACGUCUUGCCGAUAUACUUCGGAAAGCAGUCCCAAAACUACCACCCAACAUCAAAUUCUUUCUCACUUCGAGACAAUUUGACCUCGUUGAUCGUUUCCUAUCGCCGAAUUACCCUAUUGAUCGCCUCACCAUCGAUCUGUCGGACGAUGCUAACAUGCAUGACUGUGCUAUCUACAUCCGAUCACAACUAUACGAACUGAAGGACGUGCAUCCUGGUUUGGAAGAUGGAAUCGGGGAAGAAGACACAUUAGUCCAAAGCAUACGAGAGCGAGCGGGCGGCUUGUUCAUUUGGAUCAGUACUGUCUUUGAUUACAUGAAGGUCAGCGGUAGUGAUGCUACGAAGAUGCUGAAGAAACUGCUGGAUGAAGAUCUCAACCGACCAAAGGCGUCCGCUGAGGAAGUGAUGGAUAGGCUAUAUGCGAAUAUUUUAGAGAAGUGCAACUGGAAGGAUGACGAUUUCGUGCAUGACUACCCGAUCGUGAUGGGAGCAAUUCUAAUCGCCCAGAAGCCACUAUCUGUUGUGGCCUGGGACGCCAUUCUCUCACCACUGCUGGCGUCGGACAUCCGAUAUGCAUUAGCUCAGCUUGCACCCCUUGUCUCAGGAGUUGGGGAUGCUAAAAGGCCAAUUCGUAUUCUGCACCAAUCUUUUCGCGACUUUCUCACAGACCGAGUCAAUCCACAAUCACCCAUACUUGGUCGGUUUGGAGUGGAUGCGAGGAGGGAGAACGACAGAGUGGCCCUGCGCUGCAUCGAAAUCUUGAAUACAGAACUUUCGAGUAUAAAGGAUUUAGGGCUGAUUGAGGACUUAUCCGAAAAAGCCAAGCUGCCACCCAUUCCUCAAGAGGUGCCGUCUGAACAUGUCCAUUAUGCAUGUCGGCAUUUCGUGCAUCAUCUUAGCCAAUUGCAGGAGCCGCUGGAGGCGGCCAAAGAUUCUAUUCACGCAUUUCUCAACGAGCAAAUAUUGCGCUGGGUGGAAGUCUGUGUGAGGACGGAAGGGUACAUUAGUAUAUCAUUGUUCCCUGAAUGGGCCAAGUUGAACAUUGAUCGGGCCUCCAAAGAAGUCAUUCACAAGUUGGUCAAAGUGUUUCGCAAUGUGAGGAGAAAUCUUGCGUUCUUUUUAAGAUUGCAGGAGGCAUAUGAGUUGGCAAAUGAUUCAGUUGCACUGUGCCAUUGCCUUGUGUCUACGGACUCAGAGUCCUACACCCCGGAUUUAGCUCGAGCACUUGGGAGCCUAGAUGCAUCACUCACCAACCUUGGACAACAUUCUGAAGCACUCCUUGUGAACGAAGCAAGUGUGAAACUCUGGCGCGAGCUCGUUGCCACCCAUCCAGCAUCAUACACCCCAGAUUUGGCUCGAGCGCUCCUGAAUCUUUUUGUAUCACUCGACAAAGUUGGACGCCAUUCCGAGGCACUCAUGGUAAUCAAAGAAAGUGUGAAACUCUGGCGCGAGCUCGUUGCCACCCAUCCAGCAUCAUACACCCCAGAUUUGGCUCGAGCGCUCCUGAAUCUUAAAGUAUCACUCCACAAAGUUGGACGCCAUUCCGAGGCACUCAUGGUAAUCAAAGAAAGUGUGAAACUCUGGCGCGAGCUCGUUGCCACCCAUCCAACAUCAUACACCCCAGAUUUGGCUCGAGCGCUCCGGGAUCUUUUUGUAUCACUCGACAAAGUUGGAUGCCAUUCCGAGGCACUCAUGGUAAUCAAAGAAAGUGUGAAACUCUGGCGCGAGCUCGUUGCCACCCAUCCAGCAUCAUACACCCCAGAUUUGGCUCGAGCGCUCCGGAAUCUUAAAGUAUCACUCGACAAAGUUGGACGCCAUUCCGAGGCACUCACGGUAAUCAAAGAAAGUGUGAAACUCUGGCGCGAGCUCGUUGCCACCCAUCCAGCAUCAUACACCCCAGAUUUGGCUGGAGCACUCCGGAAUCUUAAAGUAUCACUCGGCAAAGUUGGACGCCAUUCCGAGGCACUCACGGUAAUCGAAGAAAGUGUGAAACUCUGGCGCGAGCUCGUUGCCACCCAUCCAGCAUCAUACACCCCGGAUUUGGCUCGAGCGCUCCAGAAUCUUAAAGUAUCACUCAACAAAGUUGGACACCAUUCCGAGGCACUCACGGUAAUCGAAGAAAGUGUGAAACUCUGGCGCGAGCUCGUUGCCACCCAUCCAGCAUCAUACACCCCAGAUUUGGCUGGAGCGCUCCUGAAUCUUUUUGUAUCGCUCGACAAAGUUGGACGCCAUUCCGAGGCACUCAUGGUAAUCAAAGAAAGUGUGAAACUCUGGCGCGAGCUCGUUGCCACCCAUCCAGCAUCAUACACCCCAGAUUUGGCUGAAGCGCUCCUGAAUCUUUCUGUAUCACUCGACAAAGUUGGACGCCAUUCCGAGGCACUCACGGUAAUCGAAGAAAGUGUGAAACUCUGGCGCGAGCUCGUUGCCACCCAUCCAGCAUCAUACACCCCAGAUUUGGCUGGAGCGCUCCGGAAUCUUAAAGUAUCACUCAACAAAGUUGGACGCCAUUCCGAGGCACUCACGGUAAUCGAAGAAAGUGUGAAACUCUGGCGCGAGCUGGUUGCCGCCCAUCCAACAUCAUACACCCCGGAUUUAGCUCGAGCGCUUGGGGGUCUAGAUGCAUCGCUCACCAACAUUGGACAACAUUCUGAGGCACUCCUUGUGAAUGAAGAAAGUGUGAAGCUCUGGCGCGAGUUAGUUGCCAUCCAACCGAUAUCGUACUCCCCCGAUUUGGCUCAAGCACUCGGGAAUCUUGUAAUAUCUCUCGACAAUCUCGGACGCCACUCUGAGGCGCUCCUCAUAAAUGAAGAAAGGCUCAGACUCCUGCCCCAGUAGUUGUCAUUUAUCUGAUAUCAUCCACUCCGGGUUCGACACGAUCAUUCUGCAGCCUCAUGCUCACCAGCUCGUGCUUUGUUGUUCGCGGCGAGUUACUCACCCGCCAUCAUGUGUUUUUGGUGUAGCCUUGGUAAUGCAGACUCCACCUGUUUUCAUGCUUAGGGCGCUGUGUGGACGCA